AUGGGCCUGCAGACCACACGGUGGCCCAGCCAUGGGGCCUUUUUCCUGAAAUCCUGGCUUCUCAUUUCCCUGGGGCUCUGCUCACAAGUGUCCAAAGUCCCGGCGUGCCCCAGCGUGUGCCGCUGCGACCGUAACUUCGUCUACUGCAACGAGCGCAGCCUGACCUCAGUGCCUCUUGGGAUCCCGGAGGGCGUAACCGUGCUCUACCUCCACAACAACCAAAUCAACAACGCGGGCUUCCCUGCGGAACUGCACAACGUCCAGUCGGUGCACACGGUCUACCUGUACGGCAACCAGCUGGAUGAGUUCCCCAUGAACCUCCCCAAGAACGUCCGCGUCCUCCACUUGCAGGAGAACAACAUCCAGACCAUCUCGCGGGUGGCCCUGGCCCAGCUCCUGAAGCUGGAGGAGCUGCACCUGGACGACAACUCCAUCUCCACGGUGGGCGUGGAGGACGGGGCCUUCCGGGAGGCGGUCAGCCUCAAGCUGCUGUUUCUCUCCAAGAACCACCUGAGCAGCGUCCCCGUGGGGCUGCCCGUGGACCUGCAGGAGCUGCGGGUGGACGAGAACCGGAUCGCCGUCAUCUCGGACAUGGCCUUCCAGAACCUCACGAGCCUGGAGCGGCUCAUCGUGGACGGCAACCUCCUGACCAACAAGGGCAUCGCCGACGGCACCUUCGGCCACCUCACCAGGCUCAAGGAGUUCUCCAUGGUGAGGAACUCGCUCUCCCAGCCGCCGCCCGACCUCCCGGGCGCACACCUGCUCCGGCUGUACCUGCAGGACAACCAGAUCACCCACAUCCCCCUGACGGCCUUCGCCCACCUCCGCAAGCUGGAGCGCCUGGACAUCUCCAACAACCGGCUGCGCGCGCUUACCCGCGGGGUCUUCGACAGCCUCUCCAACCUGAAGCAGCUCACGGCGCGCAACAAUCCGUGGCUCUGUGACUGCGGCAUCAAGUGGGUCACCGAGUGGCUCAAGUACAUCCCUCCCUCCCUCAACGUGCGCGGCUUCAUGUGCCAGGGGCCCGAGCAGGUGCGGGGGAUGGCCGUCAGGGAGCUGAAUCUGAAUCUCCUGUCGUGUCCCACCACCACCCCGGGACUGCCCGUCUUCACCCCAGCGCCUAGCACCGCUGUUCCGACCACUGAGUCGCCCACGCCCUCCGCCCCCACCCCCGGCAGGAGCUACCCGCCUCCGACCCCCACCGCCUCCAAGGUCCCCACGUUGCCUGGCGACGGGGAUGGCAGAGAGAGGGGGACCCCGCCUCUGUCGGAGCGCCUCCAGCUGUCGGUGCAUUUCGUGAACGACACGUCCAUCCAGGUCAGCUGGCUGUCCCUCUUCGCCGUGAUGGCCUACAAGCUCACGUGGGUGAAGAUGGGCCACAGCCUGGUCGGGGGCAUCGUGCAGGAGCGCAUCGUGAGCGGGGAGAAGCAGCACCUGAGCCUGGUCCACCUGGAGCCCAGGUCCACCUACCGCAUCUGCCUGGUGCCCCUGGACGCGUUCAACCACCGGGCGGCGGAGGACACCGUGUGCUCCGAGGUCACCACACUCGCCUCGUAUCUGAACAACGGCAGCAGCAGCAACACGGCCUCCAGCCACGAGCAGACGACGACGCCCCACAGCCUGGGCUCCCCGUUCCUGCUGGCGGGCCUGAUCGGGGGCGCCGUGAUCUUCGUGCUCGUGGCCCUGCUGGGCGUCUUCUGCUGGCACAUGCACAAGAAGGGGCGCUACACGUCCCAGAAGUGGAAGUACAACCGCGGCCGGCGGAAAGACGACUACUGCGAGGCGGGCACCAAGAAGGACAACUCCAUCCUGGAGAUGACGGAGACCAGCUUCCAGAUCGUCUCCUUAAAUAACGAUCAGCUCCUUAAAGGAGAUUUCCGACUGCAGCCCAUUUACACCCCGAACGGGGGCAUCAGUUACACGGACUGCCACAUCCCCAACAACAUGCGAUACUGCAACAGCAGCGUGCCAGACCUGGAGCACUGCCACACGUGA